AUGGCCGUUGAAGUCUACGAUGUGGUCGUUGUGGGUGGUGGUGCAGUCGGGCUCGCAGCUGCCUACGAAGUGGCCAAAACCAAGUCCAGCGUGCUGGUGCUGGAACAAAACAACUUCUUCAACCAAGCCGGAAGCUCCGGCGACCUGGCUCGGAUGUACACCGAGAACUUCAUGGCCGACCUUGCGAAAGAGGCACUGGACCUCUGGGACGAUCUUGAGAAAGAUGCUAGUAUCUCUCUUCGUUGGAUGAGCGGACUUCUCAACUUCGGCGACAAACACAUGGGUAGUGACACCCCGGAAGGCACGCUAUUGGGCCCGAUCCCUAACCUCGAGAGGCUCAAUAUGCCGUACAAGGAAUUGACGGCCCAAGAGAUUGAAGCGAAGUAUCCCUUCAAGAACCUGCCCUCGGACUGGAUGGGCCUCUAUGCACCCGACAACGGUGUCAUAAACGUCCAGCUCCUAUUGCGGACGCUGCUGAGCCUGGCCAAGGACUACGGUGCCGAAGCUAAGCAGCACACCCAGGUCGACGGAAUUGUCCCUUCGGCGAGCGACAGCAACAUCUGGGAGGUGCACACAACACGCCACGGAAAUCCGGAUGAGAGUGUGACCUUCAAAGCGAAGAAGAUCGUGAUUGCAUCUGGCGCCUACGUCAACCAUGUGUUACAGCCAAGCUUUAACAUAUCGCUUGAUCUCGAUAUCUGGGAGAUGGUUGCUUGCUAUUUCAACGUCAACGCUGGACCACAAGGAACAAUCUUUCCCAGCAUGUGGUUUCAGUUUGCGCCUGACAAGGACAACAGAUCGCAGCUCUUCUAUGGCUUCCCCACCCUACCCUGGGGCCCUCCCAACGUUGCCCGUAUCGCGGUCGAUGCAGCCACCCGCCGCAUCAAGGACCCCAUAGAAAGACAGACGAACGUCGUGAACCCUGACGACAUAAAGGAUACGCAGGAGUUCGUCAAGAACCAUGUCGUCGGCGUCGAUUCGACUGUCCCGGCUUCCACAUUGACUUGUCUACAAACCAACGUGUUCGACAACAUGUUCGUCCUCGACUAUAUCCCGAAGGAGUACCUCGGUAGUGGCCCGGAGAAGAGCGUUGUCGUCUUUACUGCUGGCUGGGCCAUGAAAUUCGUCCCUCUACUUGGAAAAGCACUGGCGGAGAUGGCCCUUGACGGCGCUUCCGAGUAUGCCCGCGAAGAGUUCUCGAUCACUCGUAGGGACAAAGAUGGCAAGGGCAUUAUUGUGGCCGGUGAGCAACAUGACCUGGCGGGCAGGCUGAGUGCGUUCACUUUUGAGGGACAGGCCUCGGGGUCAUCCGUCAACGGGGUUCGCAACCCGGGACUGUAG